AAUCAUUUUGCAAGGAGCUCUGAGCCGGGCAGCUCCACUGUACUUUGUUGGCUGAGAAGUUGAGCAGGGGGUGGGGGUGGGAGGGUGGGGGUCCGGGGGGGUCGCGUCCGAAAGACAUCGCACCGGUCCGGGUGCCACCUUCUCCCUGCUUGGGCGCCGCAGCGCGAGCGCUUCCCUUCCCCCUGCGAGCGCCCGGAUAAUGUCUGAGAAUGUCCAUUUCUGGGACGCUUAGCAGCUAUUAUGUCGACUCGAUCAUAAGUCACGAGAGUGAGGACGCGCCUCCAGCCAAGUUUCCUUCCGGCCAGUACGGGAGCCCCCGGCAGCCGGGCCACGCGGAGCACCUGGAUUUCCCCUCGUGCAGCUUCCAGCCCAAGGCUCCAGUGUUCGGUGCCUCCUGGGCGCCGCUCAGCCCGCACGCGUCAGGGAGCCUGCCGUCGGUCUACCACCCCUACAUCCAGCCCCAGGGCGUCCCGCCGGCCGAGAGCAGGUACCUCCGCACCUGGCUGGAGCCUGCGCCGCGCGCCGAGGCAGCCCCGGGGCAGGGCCAGGCGGCGGUGAAGGCGGAGCCGCUGCUGGGCGCGCCUGGGGAGCUGCUCAAACAGGGCACGCCCGAGUACAGUUUGGAAACUUCGGCGGGCAGGGAGGCCGUCCUGUCUAAUCAAAGACCCGGCUACGGGGACAAUAAAAUUUGCGAAGGAAGCGAAGACAAAGAGAGGCCGGAUCAAACCAACCCCUCUGCCAACUGGCUGCAUGCCCGCUCUUCCCGGAAAAAGCGCUGCCCCUACACCAAAUACCAGACGCUGGAACUAGAGAAGGAGUUUCUGUUCAAUAUGUACCUCACCAGGGACCGCAGGCACGAAGUGGCCAGACUCCUCAAUCUGAGUGAGAGACAAGUCAAAAUCUGGUUUCAGAACCGGCGGAUGAAAAUGAAGAAAAUGAAUAAGGAGCAGGGCAAAGAGUAAAGAUCACCCCCCCCUUCCCCAUCUCACUCUUAUUUAUGUGAUGGCUACAAAGCCACUGCUGUCUGGGAUGUAUUAAGUGAGUAGGGAAGGGUAGCCCCUUGCCCAAGUCCCUCAUCUGUACCUGGAGCCUGUCUCCUCUCCUUUACCUGUAUCUAUUCCUCUCUUCUCUCUGGGUGUCAGGAGGAAGUUUUGUUAACUUAGAAGCUAGCUGUAGUUGGUUCUUAGGAAAGUGAGUAUCUUCAAGAAAAGACAGCCCUUAGUCAAGCUCCUGGCAUCCCCGAUCAUUUUUCUGCAAAACCCCAGCUCUUCUCUCCCAGCCUGCCUGUUCCCUCCCUGUACCUAUCCAGAAAGCACACAGGGACACUCUAACUGCACACAGCCCAGCAGAUGCCUGUGGACAUAGACAUAAGGUCUGGAGUCCAUACUAACAAUAGAGAAAGGUAGUCAAAGGAAGUCACACCCUGCAUACAGACAUUGCACACCAAACACAGCAGAACAGCCCUUAAAUCAGUAGGUAAGUUCAGGUUCUGCCCCUAACCCAAAUACAUGCCAGCUCUACCCCAGGGCAGGGGCCUGUGGGCAGAUGGGGUCAACCCAGUCCUCAAGUCAUUGAACUGGAAAGAGCAAGAAAAAGCAGGGAGUGUAAGUGGAUACCCUGCCUAUGUUUUGUUGUAGGAAGUGUUGAAUUCUGCAUGUUUUUCUCUCCUUCCAACUGAAGGAGGUCAAAUUGUGGGUCUUAGUACCUUGACAAUGUCCUUCCUUCGGUGGUUCUACAUUCUCCACUUGACAGACUGUAGCUUUCCUUGCUGGCCACUGGUCCUUCAUCCUUCUGCAUCCCCUCCAGCUCAGAAAUCAACCCUCUCUUUGGCCAAAUCCACCUUACACUAGCGAGUCGACUCGUCUCCUCUUGUCAAAACCAAAAACCUUCCUCUACCAUUCACCCCCUUCUAGGUCAACCCCACCAUAGAAAAGGCCAGCUCAGGACAGUCUGAUUGAGAAUUUAUUGUGAAUCAAUUCCCCGAUUCCCUUCCAUAGUGAGCAGUCAGGACAGGAAGGAGCAGGGACCCCAGCUUGCAGAGCUGGUGGGUUUCUCCCAUUCUACUGGUUUCCUGACACACUCUGAGAAGCCUCUUGGUUCAUCUGCCCCAGGGCCAAAGGGGGACUCCCCCAGGGCUCAGAGUAGGGCUUCCCCCCUCCUGUGGCUGGUGCAUGCACCUGAUAUUGGGAAACAGUCCCCUGUGCAAAGGAAAGAAGCAGAUCAUACCUAGUCAUGGGCCAGAAGCUUGCUCCUGGCUUCCCUUAGUCCCCCUGCCUCUCAAUCCCUUUUGAUCCAUUGACUCAUGCUUCUGCUUCUCCUGACCCUACAAAGAGGUCAUUCCAGUAGGACUUUUUUUUUUAAUUUCACUUUCUUUUUGCUUUGUUGGUGGCUGUGGUGAAAUUGUGCUUGUGUUUUGUGAUUUCUUUGUGGGUGAUUUUCAGUUGUUGCUUAUA